UGCAGAUUGUCAGUCCACAUAUCUGCAAUGAGCCAUUUGUCCGCUAGAUGUCGCUUGCGAAGGCGAAUACCUAAACCAUACUUGAUCGCUAUCAGAGAUGCUGUGUCAGUGAGACGAGGUGUUGCUACAUUUUUUGUGCCAUUUUGGACGCUUUCCCACACGAAUUUCCACCAGGCCUAGAAACUACCAGACUCCAAGAUGGUGGAAGGAGGCUGUGGAAAAUGUAUUCAGUACCUGAUGUUCACAUUCAACCUGCUGUUUUGGUUGGCUGGCUGUGGCAUCCUGGGAGUGGGGAUCUGGCUGAGGGUGACCCAGGGUGAUUUCGCCACCUUGGUUCCCAGCAUCCCGUUUGUGACGGCGCCGAACCUGUGCAUCAUCGCGGGCGUGAUCGUCAUGGUGGUCGGCUUCAUCGGGUGCUGCGGGGCUCUCAAGGAAAACAAGUGUUUGUUGUUGACACUCGGCACUCCCGUCACCCUUGUUGUGUUUGUCCCCAUCUUUAUCCAAAUCUUCAUCCUCAUCCCCAAGGAGUAUUGUCUACUGCUCCGGCUAUGUGAUAGUUUCAUGUUGCAACAUGUUGUGUUGUUGUGUCCCCAGUUGGAGAAGUUUGCCCGUGAAGACCUGACGCGAGGGAUGAACCAGUACGGCAUGACGGGUCAGUCCGGCCUGACCCGUGCCUGGGACCUGUUCCAGACGGAGAAGCACUGCUGUGGUGUCAACAACAGCACCGACUGGUUUAACCGCCCAGUGUGGCCCAACCAGAGCUGGGUGCCAGACUCCUGCUGCAAGCCUGUCUACCGCGCUGAUGACUGUGGCCAGUCUGGAGACGUUCUCAACUUCUUUGAAGAUGGCUGUGUCUCUGCCCUGAAGACUGACUUCAUGUUCAACCUGGGCCUGAUCGGCGGCAUCGGGAUCGGAAUCGGCUUGAUCCAGAUCCUGGGCAUGGUGUUCUCCCUCUGUCUGUUCUACAGGAUCAGAAACGAGGGGACGUAUGCGUAGAGACAAGAGGAGACCUGGCUAAGGAAGAUACCUUGAGUAAUAAAAGACUACAUUGUACAUGUAGUUCUCAUGUUGUGGAUACAAUAUUGUGGUAAAUAUGUGGAGAGCCUGACAUGAAAUCUAUAUUCAUAUUACUUGUAAAAGUUAAUGUUUGUCUGAGUGGUAGAUUCACACCCCUAGCCCUCACGUUAUUUGAACAUGAUAUGUUUUUCAAACAAAAACACUUUGUAAGCUUUAUUAGCAUUAUUAUGUAAUCUUUUGUUCCAGCUUAAACCUAAGUAGAGACUUCCAACUGAAGUUAAAAUAGUAAUUGCAGUCAAUGUUAUUACAUGUAUUAUACAUACUGUGUUUUUCCAUUUUUCAAAAGUUGGAUAUGUUUUUGAAAAAGCCCUUUUCACUGAACUACUAUUAGGACAACAUUACUUUGACCUGUUUUCUCAUUUCUUGCCUGACUAGUCAAGUUUUGUCAGAUGUAUAUAUAGAAAGAGUUUGCUAUUCAGAUUUGUCAGAAAAUAGUGUUUGGUCUGUAGGACAUUGACAUGAUCAUGGCACCAGGUACAAUGUUUGGAUACAUGUAUUUUGAUAUGUAGAGAUGAGUAAGCAUUUACAGAAAAGCCAUCCAUCCAAACCUUGACCAAGCUUUUAGCUGAGACAACAAUACUACUGUAAGUAUUUGCAAUGAAUAAUGUCAGAGAUGUAUUUGUCCCCAUAACAAAUGACUGGAGGAAACAAAAAUAGUUUUGUCUGGAAGAA